UACAUGCGCAGUAUAAUCCAAACAAAGAUGGCGGAUUGUUUAGACAAGUAUUUCUUUCCACGGAGUUAAAGUUCUGUUUGUAGCGUAAAAUGUUACACGAACUUUUGUUGGCGUUAUCUGGGGAUUCUGGUGGUAUAUUUGUACACAAAAAGUUUGCCGGACUUCAGGUUGCUGCUGAUUUGCCAUUUAUCCAUGGGAGUGAAGUUGAUCUUCUGAACAGAAUCUGCAAACUUGGGACAUACUUUCAAAACUUUCAAACUUUUCGGAGAAAGUAUUCGGAAGUUUCACCCUAUCUGAAGACAAUCAAACGAUCCAAGGAUGGAAUAACCUCAGCCGGAUCCUUUGGUUUGUACAUCCAGGCGUUCUGUACUGGUUUGGACCAGGUCCUGGAUUCUUACAGGAAAAGUUUGAUUGAUUUAGAAAAACAGAUUCUUAAAGAUCCUAAGCUGCCGCUGACGUUUAUCGAACACAGUUUAGAACAGUACCAAGUUUUGUUUCCUGCCCUGUGGUCAGUAGUAGAGCAGAUCCAAGCAAGCAAGGCUUCAGGAUGUCAAAUUCUGGACAUUUUGUACCAGAGCUGUAACUGUGGGAUCCCUGAUUUGAGAGAUGCACUGGAAAGAAUUCUCUUUGUUUGUCAUGGUGUAAUGUAUCAACAACUCAGUGCAUGGUGUCUCCAUGGGAUUCACAUUGAUAAGCACAAUGAGUUUUUCAUCAAGGAAGUUACGUCAGAAGAUGAUCAUACAACGAACAUACCAGACGAUGGCACCAGCAGUGAUCUGGGGAUACCUGGUAUAACAGGGAGGCAACUUGCUGAAAUACUGAUUUUGAAAGAUUUUUUCUUGAUGGGAAGAGGAGAGCUGUUCUCAGCAUUUAUAGAACAUGCCAGAGGUUUACUUAAACUUCCUCCAUCAGACAACACCUCUCAUGAUGCCAACGCGGCAUUUUUGCAAGUUCUUAACAAGUUUCUUGCAGAUGACGACGAGGCUGCUUCUAUGUUCACUGUGGUAAUUGAUAAAGAAAAUACUCAAAUUGGGAAAAAGAAACAAACUGCUUCAACAGAUCAGGCAGGUGUGGUUAUAUCUGGUUGGGACUGUGUCAAACUACAGUAUGAUGUUCAGUGGCCAUUGCACAUUCUGUUCCAACCCACUGUACUUGAAAAUUACAACAAGUUAUUUAGAUUUUUGUUAAAAGUGAAGAGAACUCAGUUGGAUCUUCAACAAGUGUGGGCAGCAUAUAUGGGCACCAAACACUUAUCUACCGCACAGCUGUCAAAUAUGACAAAGAUCUGGCUUUCAAGGAUGCAUAUGGCCUUCUUGGUUGAUAACCUACAGUAUUACCUGCAGGUGGAUGUGCUAGAAGUGCAGUACAGUCAACUUGUGGAAAAAAUCAAGAGCACGAGAGAUUUUGAGUCCAUCCGUUUGGCACAUGAUAAUUUUCUUACAACAUUGAUGGCUCAGUCUUUUUUACUCAUGAAACCGGUGUCACAUUGUCUUGAAGAGAUAUUGAACUUAUGCCAAUCCUUCAGUUCGCUCCUCCUUCAGACAGGCAGUAGUGGUCUCGCUAAGAGAGAACUGAGCCAGAUUGACAACAUCACUAAGACGUACGAGAGACAAACAGUUCUUUUUUUUCAAAUCUUGUCCAGCGUUCGAAGUCAUCAAGCAAGUCCUCACCUGGCUCAGUUGCUCCUGAGAAUUGACUUCAAUAAACAUUUUUCAUCAUCGACGUUCUCGUCAACUUCAUCAACAGCGGAAACAACGAGCAUAUCAGAAACCUCUGGCUGAGUUUGUUUGGAAAUCAAGAACUUCUAUGAAUGAAGUUAACUUCUACAUGGUUCAAGAGAGCAAUAUCUCUUCUAACAGCAACUUAUGGCAACAGUUCAUUAUGAAGAACGCCUUAAUGGACCAUGGUUACCAUAAUGUGAAGAAAAAAACGUACUUCUUCUGGAUACGGGUUUUUUUCUAGGGCUAUACCAGGCUAAAAAUGAUGAACAUAGGGAAAAAAAAAUGAUAAAAUGAGAGGCAAAAUGUCUUUUCUAAGAUGUGCUAAAACAAUAAAGUUAUUGUAGGUUUUCCAAGCAAUAAACGUCAUGGGCAAGUCAUUGGUAUAA